AGUGUCUCCACGCCUCUCUCUCAUGCUCUGUCUCAGUCAGAGCCCGACUCCGAAACUCUGAAAACACGAUUCAGAGCCGAAUGCGUGGAUAUCAUGCAGCCAGUCACAUGAAACCACUUGAUUUCUAGCCGAUACACACACACACACACACACACACACGAACCACCUCUCAUUUUACACCGAGUUUGGUGCCUUCUUUUUUUUUUUUUUUUUUUAAUUAUCCACUUCCUCUGAUCUGAAGAGGAGACCACGAAUCAAGACAGACGGGGGAAAACUGGAAUGUUUCUUCCGCUUCCAAACAGUGAGAAAAUCGAACGGAAGCCGAUGUGGUAACCGAGUUUGUCUGCGGAGCUUUGUACCCCCACCUCCACUGCCACCGCUUGUGCCUCGACAGCUCAGCUCUGCCCCCGGCUUUGAAACAAGCGAGAGGCUUCAGAGACCUCCGACUGCAUGUCUCAGACCUUCCUGUUCAUCCCCAACGUCUUAAAGGUGCUUUGUCACCGGCACGCUUCGUAGUCGCCCUUUAUUCUGGGACAGAGGUGUGACGCUCGUCGCUUGACUGGAAGCGAAGUUGUUGCUCGUUCAGAGGGGGGGAGGAAGGCCGCUGAACAGAGUGCCGCUUUCCCCGGAGAUGAAGCUGCAGGCCGUCAUGGAGAACCUGCACAGGCAGCAGAGGGCCAAGCUUCUGAUGGAGCAGCAGCUACAGCAGCAGGCCAUCGCCCAGCACGCCCAGGUCCGCGCCGGCAACGACCCCAUGGAGAGCGCCGCCCCCGAGGGCGAGCAGGCGCAGAUAGCGGCGCUGGCGGCCAUGCGAGCCGCCGCCGCCGGGCUGCAGAGGGUGUCGGACAGCCCCAUGUCGAAGCGCAGCAGCGGCGGCGAGGAGGAGCGAGACGACGACAACGACGAAGGGGAGGAGCAUUACAAGGACAUGAUGGGCUCCGACGAGGAGGAACAGAUCAAACGGAAAUGGGACGAGGGAGACUUUGAAAGCGACAUGGACGAAGACUUUGACGACGACCUGGCAGAGGAAGGGCUGCCGACCGGCCACGACGCCGUGGCUCCUGGGAAGGGCAUCCUGGUGCUGCCCCACCGCCAUCUCCACCCUCACUCCCAGCUGCCGAAGGUCCGGCCCAGCGUGGAGCAGGAGCCCCGCGUCGCCAUCAUGCCUCCCCACGCUCCACACAGCCACCUGGGCGUGCAGGACCACGGAGAAUGGACCUACGAGGAGCAGUUCAGACAGCUCUACGAACUCGACGGGGACCCAAAAAGAAAAGAGUUUCUCGACGACCUCUUCAGUUUCAUGCAGAAACGAGGAACCCCUGUGAACCGUAUUCCCAUAAUGGCCAAGCAGGUCCUGGACCUCUACAUGCUCUACAAGCUGGUGACAGAGAAAGGCGGCUUGGUGGAGGUCAUCAACAAGAAACUGUGGAGGGAGAUUACCAAGGGACUUAACCUGCCUACCUCAAUCACCAGUGCAGCCUUCACCCUCCGCACACAAUACAUGAAGUACCUGUACCCAUAUGAAUGUGAUAAGAGAGGUCUGAGCAACCCCAACGAGCUUCAGGCAGCCAUCGACAGCAAUCGGCGGGAAGGACGACGGCAGAGCUUCGGCAGCUCGCUCUUCACCUACUCCCCCAACGGGACGCCAACCAUGCUGUCCUCCCCAAAAGUCUCUACGCCAAACGUGGGCUUGACGGUGGGAACCAACGGCGCCUCGCUCACGCCCAUGCAGAAGAUUAAGAAAGAAGAGGAGGGAGGCCAGCCGCUGCCAGGGGUCGGGAUUCCUCGUCUGCCGGUGGGUCCCAUGCCCGGCCACUCGGUGGCCGCUGUACAGGCGGCCCAGGCGGCCAUGGCGGCUCAGGUGGCGGCUCUGGAGCAGCUGAGGGACAAACUGGAGGCGGGUGAGCCUCCGGAGAAGAAGAUGGCUCUGCCUGCGGAGGAGCACCACCGGCUGCUGCAGAGAGCUCUGCAGCACAACCUGCUGGCCAUGACGGCUCAGAUACCCAUGAACAUCCGCAUCAACAAUCAAGAUGGCAGGCAAGAGUCGGCUCUGAACCUCACCACAAACGGCACAAACAGCAUCAGCAUGUCAGUGGAGCUCAAUGGAGUGGUAUACACUGGUGUCCUUUUCGCUCAGGCAGCAGCAGGGUCAGCUUCGUCCGGUGCAUCUGUGUCGUCCCUCUCCAACAAGUCUGUCAGCAGUCGUGUUGCGCUACAGCAGCAGCAGCAGCAAAACACACCUACCUCAGCCUCCAGCAACCAGCUGUCUUAACAAACUUCCCCCCAUUUUUUUUUAUUAUUACCACGCUAAGAAAAGCCAAAAAGCAACCUAAUUUUCUACAUCAUCUAUGCCAAAAAGAAAAGAAGAGAAGAACCAUCAUCAGUACAGAAAGACAAACUGAAACUCUGCUCACUUGAAGUACACUAUCUCAGGUUUUCUCUCACAAACUCACCUCUUUUGUUCUUCAUCGCCAAAAGGAUUUUGAAAAGAAAUAAUCCCAACUGAGAGCCAGUAUAUGCUAAAACUUGUGCACAACCUGUGAAUUAUUUAUUUCUGCAUAAAUGUACAGAUUAUUGGAGAACAACAGAGAAGAUAAUAACUAGGAAGGCUAACGCAUUGUUUACACACACAAACACAGCUACUGACUGACAAUGAUAUUAUAUCUUAAAGAGGAGAGAUUUUUUUAUUAUUUUAACUUUUCAUUGUCAUUAUUAUCAUUAUUGUUAUUCUCUUUGUUGUGUUUUAUUGUUUAAACCUUUAACAAUCCUCUCAUUGCAGGAAAAGUAAUCUAUAUAUUAAGAAUUCUAUGAAAAAAGAAGUAUGAAAAUCCUCUAUUUUUAAUCAGAAAAGCUUUAAAAGGUAUGUUUUUUUUUCUCUUCAGGGCAUAAAACAUUGUGUGGCUGUGACCUCAUGUUGUUGUAAAACCAGAUAACCUUAUAAACGUGGCAGCCCUGUGGGAGAACAAGUGCAGGUUUGGUCCUGAUGGCAGUCUUAAGUGAAGCAGAAGAACCUGCAGGGAUCUUCUGCUCACCCGCAGGACUGUUGCUGUAUUAUCGCUCUUAUCCAGACUCCGUGUGGCAUGCUUUCUGCACGUUGCUGUUUGUCUGUCUGUGCGCUCGUUCUUCCAGAGGCGACCGUGGCUCGUCCUGUAUGUUUUCACGUGGCCAGUCUCAGACGUGUGUUCGCCACGCUUCCAGAACGGCUCUCUGGAGCAGAACGGCGCUCAGUUUAAGGUUCGUCGUUAGCUAAAAUAUCGCGUUAUGGUUUUUCUCAGGUGUCUCUUUGCUUUGUGUGAUUUUUAGCUGUCUUCUAUUACACUGGACAGAGCAAUGCUUUCGACAUUUUACCCUCUUGCCUCUUCAGGUCUGUGUCAUGCUUCAGCCCCUUCAAUCAGAAACGAAGCAAUUUUCUGAUCUGAGAGUCCACUCAAUCCUUUUGCUUUCUUUGAAAUUCACACGGACAAUCAUGUGGGCCUCAGGAGAAACCCGACAGGCAUCUUCAGCUCUUCGUAAUCUUGAUUACAGACGCUUCUAUUUUUCAUUUUUUCCGUUCAGCCUUGUUUUCUUCAUGUCUUUGCGCUUCUUCUGAUCUAAGUGCUUCUUAUCCUGCGCUGUGACAUGGAUGUCGCCUUCUCCAUCGACGUUACAGCAGUGAAUGUUUUGUGAUCCUCAAACUGUGCAGCCGCUGCGGUUCGAUCUGGACCUUUCUACGUGUUUGCUUGUGUCUUAUCAUCGGCGCGAACCCGGUCGGUUUUAUGACAGAAGAGGCACGCCGUAGCAGCUAGCAGUGUCUCCGCAUCUUGAAAUAGUUCAAUCGAUUAGCUUUUUGAACUUGAACCUGCGUUUCCUCUCUGGGCUGUCGGCUGUUGGAGAUCGUUACUCAGCCCUAAAUCAGGCUUUGUGCGCUGGUUCUGCUCUGAGGCCUUAACGCAGCGUGAGGUGACCAGAGAGUGAGCAGCUCCUCCGCCUAAUCACUUUUUACUGUUCAGUCAAAUAUCACCAGAUGGCUGUCAGGGCUUUGAUUCCUGUACUCGCUUCUCUGUGGGAAAUCACCACCAGCUGCUAAACAAACACUGGUCACUUUUCAAAAGCACUCUACUCUACACACUAAAUAAAGAACCCCUUUCAUAAGAAAUUUAAGUGAAAAAGAAUUGAAAUUUUACAUUUGUAUUGUAUUUAAAGUAGCCUGAUUUAAACAAAAUGUUUAAACUUAAGUCAGUUCUUUUUCAGUUUGACAUUUGACGAUCGAAACUUUCUAUUCAAUCAGUUUAGACAAUCCUCAACAGCAUUUAGCAUAAUUUUCAAAACGUUUCGACCCAGUCGUUCAGAAUGGGUCCAAAGUUGAGAACAUGAAAAAAGCAAACACAGAGCAGUCAGGAAUGCAUCACAAAAUAUGACUUCAUUAUUGGAAAACCCAACGUCCACCAAAUACAAAACAGGUAUGGCAAAACUUACAGUUUCUGUUUGGGUUCAUAAAAUUAAUAUUGACACAGAGAUUUAUCCAGUGAGGUGGAGGAAGUUUGGAAAAAUGUUGUCUGGUUGCUUUGAAUGUAGAGCCAUGUCUGCCUGCAAGUCACCAAAACGAAAAAACAAAACAAAAUUUGGACAACAUAACGUUUGAUUUUUUUACUCCAAUUCUGACCUGCAUUGUUACCCUGCACUGCCAUUCCUCCAAGCAGCGCAGACACCAAAAUGCUUUACAUUCACAGGCCAUGCAAGCCUCACUUUUCUCCACAUAACAGAGUUGAAUACUCUACAGUAAUGUAGCUUUCAGCACAUUAAUAUCUGAGGACUUACUGUAAGAGUCUUUCUACAGUUAGUUUAUUUUAUAUAUCCUCUUUAAAAUCAGAUAGAAAGGGCAAUAGUCACUCAAGUUUUAUACUUUUAAGAUUUUUAGGGUGUUUGGCUUUAAAAUAUGAUAAUAUAUGUUAUUUAAAGGAAAUGUUCCCUUAUAUAAUACACUUACUAUUUGUCUUUAACUCUGCUAUUCCUCUGGUAAAAUGUCUAAAGUUUAUUAAAAGUAGUAUUUAAUCAAAUAUAUGUAAAAUUUUAAUGAAUUGUCAAAGACUCAGGCCCUUUUGGUGUCACUUAUGGCGAUUUUGUGACUCCAAGUUGCCCCUUUUUUCUGCAGUUCUGCUUUCAAAUGUAUUAAUUAUUAAUUGUAUAUAUGGGGAUUUUUAGAUAAUUAGCUGCCAGUUUGACAUUUUUGACAUUUUUAAAAAUAGUUCAGACACACAUUUAAACCCAAAGGAACCAGAAAAAUAUGGAUUACUAAAUAAUAAUCUGUUCCUUUACACCCGUAUCAACUUUUAAAAAAUUAAAUAGUAAAAAAAAUGCUCCACUGUUACUUAUUUUAUAGAAAUUGUUCUGGGUUUGAUGAUCUGGAGUGACCCGUUUUUUAAAAGAUGGCACAAAUUAGACUUUCCAGCAGAGAUGGUUGUUGCAAAUGGACUCUUUUUGUAUUUUUAAGGCUCUGACAAAUUAAAUUAUCUUUUUAAAAAGGAGCCUCAGGUCAAACAGAAACUAUUCGUCUUCUAUUGAUCACGUUUCCUAAUUUGAUUCGAAUCUCCAAACAUCCAACGACCCAUUCAUUAAAGCUGACGUAAACAUUUUAGAAAAAUAACUAUGAUUGCAGAAAAAAUACAAAAUAAAAUCUCAACCAAGGCGUUCAAAAUAAUGAUCAAAAAGUAGCUUUUUAAUGAAAAAUACUUCUAACUUGUCUAUUUAGUUCUGUGUAAAAAGCAUUUAUUUUAGUUUAACACCAAAAACCAUGUGGGGAAAAUUGAUGGGGAUAUUUUGUCCUCCUAAUCGUUUCUGCUGUGAUAAAUAAAUAAGAUGCAUCCGUCUGAAUUCUCACAGAAAGCAAAGGUGUUUUUUUUUUUUUGCAGAUGCCAUGUUGCUGACAAUCAAAAAAAAAACGAAAAAAAGAGCCAAGGCUUCGGCUGAAUGUUUGCGAGGGGGGAAGGAAAACUAAAUUCAAUCAAUCUGGAUCUAAAGGAUCAACAUUGCCUUUUUAGAUUUCACCCUUUGACCUUUCAGCUCCCAGGGCAGCGGUAAAGCAGCUGCCCCCCCAGUCAGUCGAUCCAUGUUUAUUGCAUAUCUAUUGACUGCUUCUGAGGGAUAUUUGCAUUUGAACAGUGGAGGCUCUACAGCUCCUUUCUCUUUCGGCGCAUGGCAGUAUUUUCAGGGAGGGUUGGCGUUUUUAUUCUGUUUUUACUUUGUUUUUAUUGCGUGGUUGCGACAAUCAGGAGACAAUUCUAAGGCAACACUGUAUACCUCUAAAGGAAAAAACCUCAAAAAAGCUCUCGUACAUCCCUUCAACCACAAGCCGAGCCCUGUUUCAAGGAACUCGGCUUCUCAUCGACGAUUCCUGUCGUUCAAGCAGAAAAAACCUCAUCAAAAUGUUUUUUCUUGCUUCACAAAGACCAUUAAAGAGAUUGUAAUAACCGCAGACAAUCAGAUAUCUGCUUAAAUGUGACUCUCUCCUUUAAUCAAUAACCAUUUUUAGUCAUGCAAGGAGAGCAGGAAAUUUACUUCCAAGCCUUAAAGCCUUUGUGGCAAGUGCGCCCCCCAGUGGAAGGUUUUAUUACAAUGCACAAUCAGCUUUGAACAUGUCGCAUUUACCUCAACGACACGAGCUUUGACCAUAUUCUCAUAUCUUCCAAGUGUUUCAAGUGUGUUUAUGUAGAAAUGUGUGAAGGAGCAUUAUGACGCACACUACCACAGAAAAAUCUCAAACUCUUACACAGGCAGUCGCUCUUCUUCCAGCUCUGUCUGGGUAUUUUUACAGGAUCCAGGUGUCCUGUUUUAGUGUAGCUGUGAUCAAACUGGAGCCAAAUUGUAGCAAAAAUAAAUAAAUAAGCACGUUGGUUUUAAAUGAGUAGCACACAAAACAAAACUGUUUUUUUUUUUUGUUUUUUUAUUUUCCACUCGGAAAGCUUUCAGGUGGUUCCUGUCAUCUUUACUCCGUCGUCUCAAGUUACGCUCUGGUAGUUUGUUGGUGUCGCUGCUUAAUUCUGCUUUUUUUGAUGCUGUUGCACAAACUGGAAUGUCCGUCUCAGCAGAUCCACUUUGUUAAAUCUAACAUCCUGGUCUCUUGCGCACAGAUGUUGGUGAAAUAGAGCUGCUUUUCAUCCAACCAAAGCUGUAGAUUUUUAAAAAAAUAUAUCAAACUAUAGAUCCUCAGCGUCUUGUUUGGAAAUGGCGUCCUGUUCCCACUCGUUGCCGCCGAGUUGGAACAUUUUACGGGUUGAGGUGGGUUCAGGGCUUUUUGACUGGACUCUAUCACUGAUGUGACCUCCAUCAGGUUGGACUGUGGGCAGGGAAAACCAUCAUGAGAAAAUGAAAAACAACAAGAUGCCUUCUGCUGUGACAAUUAUAUGAAUUAAUCUGUAUUUCUAAGAUUUGUUAAAUAGAUUAUUUCUAAUAGAUGGCUUACUUAGGGCUAUGGAUUAUAUCAUGUUUAUAUUGUUUGUUUGCUGUUUCUUUGCUCUUUUUUUGGCAUGCUUUUAGAAACCGAGGCACACAGAGAUUACUUCUAGAGCAGUUUAUGAAUCCAGCGAUGAUUAUGUUGAUAAUAAUGUGAUUAUUGUAGAGAAGAGUGUGCGUGAGUGAGUAAAAGAGUGAGUGAUCUUCGGGUGUCUUUGAGUAUCUUCAGUUCGGAAACAAGGCGUGUCUGUUGUGUCUUACAACUUCUCAGGAAAAUCUACCUCUACCUCCAGUUUGAUGCAUUUUUUUUUCACCCUGUUUGGACUCAUGUUAUUGAUCAGUGGGAGGAGAGCGCGAGGACGAACAUCAGGGUAUGAAAUUACCUCCAACACAUCAGAUUAAACAUGAGCUGCUGGUAAUCCUCAACUCCGGUGUCUUCUCACCCUUUACUCCCAAGCUCAUUUGGACGCCUCCGUAUGCGUCCCCCUUCCUUCCUUUUUUCUUUUAUUUUUUUUACUGUUACACGUUCGUAACUCUUCUGCUGUUCGGUCUAAUUGAGCUCCAACAACAGGAAACCUCCAGAUGAACAGCGAACUACUACGAGUACCACAACAAGUACCACUUCCUGUACCACUGUUAGUAUGGCGAGUCCGUUUGUGGAUCUUCCUGUCUGCUCUCAUGAUGUGUGCUAUUUCCCCCCCAGUCCCCCUCCACACACACACACACACACACAGACACUUUUUGCCCCUCCUUUUUUGUUUUUCUAUAAAUGAUUACCGUCUUUUGAUGAAUGGGACGGUUCCCGGUAACCACGGCAACAGUGGAGUGGCUGCAGGGGGUGCAACUGUUUUAUUUUGUUGUUGUUUUUUUUCACUAUUUUUCUGAAAGGGUGGAGAGCAAUUCUUGCCUAUUUAGUCAAUAUGUGUUUGUGUGAAUACUUUUAUUUGAAUCUGAAAUUAAUAAAAUAUCACAAUUCUUAAAUGUUA